AUGGAUUCCGGUCCCUUCCGUCCUGCGUUCGAGACGUCAGCAGGUUGGCGGUGCCAUGCCGCCAUCCUUCCUUCUACCGAUUUUUCCACUGAGGGUGGCACUGAGUGUAACCAGUCCAACGGAACCGGUGGAGCCGGCGGACAGACUUCGGCUGAAGCUCCGUCGAGUAAUGACGCAAUGACGGUGACGGAGGACCAGGUGGUGAAGUUAAUGGAGGAGGAUAUGGGCUCCGCCAUGCAGUACUUACAAGGCAAAGGCCUCUGCCUCAUGCCCAUCUCUCUCGCCAGCGCUAUCUCCGCCGCCACGUGUCCCAGCCGCCCAAUGACGGCAACGAAGGGCAGAGGAGAUGCUCCCACCUCUCCCAGCUUAUCGGCGUUGACUGUUCAGUCAACUGCCUUGGGUAACGGUACCGUCGACAGAACCGUCGGAGACUCUGUCUCCGUUUCACGGCCGCCGUGAGUUAACGGCAAGUUUAUUGACCUGGUAAGCAAAUGCCCACUAAAGUCUAAGAAAAUAUGGCUCCUCCUCUUUAGUUUCUAAAUACGACGCCGUAUUUGCUUAGCCUUUAGUAGGAAAAAAAAACCUUUACUUUACAUUGAAUAUCUUUUUUUCCCUCUCUCUCUCUCUCUCUCUCUCUCUAACUUGUUUUCGAUGUAUAUUCCCUUUUUUGUUUAAUGAAAAAUUAUUGUUUGUCAUGAUGGAAUUAAAUAAAAUAUUGGGUAAUACUUAAUGGCCUUAAUUAAAAAUGAUUAUGAUUAACCGUAAGACAAUCCUUUUGUGUGGUCCA